UCCGGUCCGUCCGCUCCCAAUUGCGUGGCCCACACGUCAGUCACUCCCCGCACGAAUCUCGAGGAUCCCCCCGUCCCAACCUCCCCAUCGCCCCCUCCGCGGCGGCGGGAGGGAGCACACGUACCACUCGUGAACCUUCCUCGCCGACGCCGACCACCGUUCCCCGCGCCGUUCCAUCCUUCCCGGACCUUCUGGAAGCAUUCUCGCGUGGUGGUCCGUCGGGGCCGUCGUUCUGCGCCUCCCGCGGUGGCGGGGAGCGUGAUCGGUUUGGCCGGCGAGGAGGGUUGUUCGGUGGGGGGGGGGUGUGAAGGAUGGGGGUCGAGGCGGAGCUGCCGCGGGCGAUGGACGUGCUGGCGCGGCGGGCGAGCGCGCUGCGGGACGCGUUGCAGAGGAGCCAGGGGAACACGGAGAGCAUGGUCGCCAUCCUGGGCUCCUUCGACCACCGCCUCUCCGCGCUCGAGGCCGCCAUGCGCCCUACCCAGGUGAGGACGCACGCGAUCCGGAUGGCGCACGAGAACAUCGACAAGACGAUCAAGGCCGCCGACGCCAUCCUCUCCCAGUUCGACAUUGCUCGCCGGGCUGAAGCUACGAUACUGAGGGGGCCCCAUGAGGAUCUGGAGGGCUACCUAGAAGCUGUGGAUCUGCUGAAAGGCAUUGCUCGCUUCUUUUCCUCUAACAAGAACUUUAAGGGCGAUGAAGGACUUCUAACUCGCGUCAACAAUAUAUUAUCCAAGUCUGCUCUGAAGAUUGAAGAGGAAUUCAGGCAGUUGAUGAGUACAUACAGCAAACCUAUUGAACCUGAUCGCCUAUUUGAUUGCCUUCCAAAGCCUCCACGGGCACCAAAAUCUGACCAUGAUGCAGAUGGAGGGCACUCCACUCACUCUGAACAUCCAUCCAAAGGUUUGGAGACUGGUGUAUGCAGGACUCCAACACUGAUUCCCCCAAGAAUAUUACCACUUCUUCAUGAUAUAGCUCAGCAACUAGUUCAGGCUGGAAAUCAGCAGUCAUGCUAUAGAAUCUACAGAGACUCUCGCGGUUCGGCUUUGGAAGUGAGCUUACGGAAACUAGGUGUAGAAAAACUAAGUAAGGAUGAUGUACAAAGAAUGCAAUGGGAAGCCUUAGAGGCUAAAAUUGGAAACUGGACCCAGUUUAUGCGAAUUGCGGUCAAACUAUUACUUGCUGGAGAACGGAGAAUUUGUGACCAGGUUUUCGAUGGUAUUACUUUCAACAAGGAUCAAUGUUUUGCUGAGUUGGCAGGGAGUAGUGUAUUGACACUUCUCAGUUUUGGAGAUGCUGUUGCUAAAAGUAAAAGGUCACCUGAAAAAUUAUUUGUGUUGCUAGACAUGUAUGAAGUAAUGCAUGAACUCCAGCCAGAGGUUGAAGAAAUUUUUGAAGGCAGAUUUUGCUCUGAGAUGCGGGAGGCUGCAUUGGGCUUAACUAGGCGCUUAGCACAGACAGCCCAAGAAACAUUUGCUGAUUUUGAGGAGGCAGUUGAAAAGGAUACUUCCAAGACUGUCGUCCAGGAUGGGACUGUGCAUCCUUUGACUAGCUAUGUUAUUAAUUAUGUCAAAUUCCUGUUUGAUUAUCAGUCAACACUGAAGAUACUAUUUCAAGAAUUUGAUACUGGUAGUGAGACUGAAUCUCAACUUGCAGUUGUUACAAUGAAGAUAAUGCAGGCCCUUCAGAACAACUUAGAUGGGAAAUCUAAGCAGUAUAAGGAUCCUGCAUUGACCUAUAUAUUUCUUAUGAACAACAUUCACUAUAUGGUUAGAUCUGUCCGCAGAUCAGAAGCCAAGGAUAUACUUGGUGAUGACUGGAUUCAGAGGCACCGCAGGGUUGUACAGCAAAAUGCCAACCAGUACAAAAGGGUUGCAUGGGCAAAGAUUCUUCAAACACUCUCUGUUCCAGGUGCUGGUAGCACUGGUUCAUCACCAGCUGAUCUUAGUAAUAGUGGAGUUUCAAGAGCUAUGAUUAAAGAGCGAUUUAAGUCCUUCAAUGUGCAAUUUGAAGAGCUUCAUGCUAAGCAAUCUCAAUGGACUAUACCCGAUCAAGAAUUGCGAGAAUCUCUGAGGCUUGCUGUUGCUGAAGUUCUCUUGCCAGCCUAUCGGUCUUUCGUCAAACGUUUUGGAAAUCUCGUUGAACAUGGGAAGAACCCAAAUAAGUACAUCAGAUACUCCCCGGAGAAUGUAGAUCAGUUGCUGGGUGAGUUUUUUGAUGGACAGCAAUUUGGUGAACAAAAGCGGUGAGCAUAAAGGCUGGAUAAAGGGAAGAGCACUGCUUGUAAGUUUUGCAGGAGAGCAUGGAACAAGAAAUUCUACAGCAACUAACCUUAUUUGCCAUCAUCACAUAUAUGAUGCUGACCUACUUAAAUAGCAUACUAGUAACCCCAAAUAAUGCCACUCUGGCAAGAUCCCAUGUUCUUUCAUUAUUUUCUAUUGGCUAUCUUCCAUGUUACGUUCGAGAAGGCGUUACUCACAUAAGGUGUUAUAGUUUUUUAUUUUAUAUUAAUGUCUCUUUUCAGGGAUUGUUAGUUUCUUUUUGUUUAAGGAAAUUUUAUGGUCCUUGAGAAAGUAUCUCGAGAUACCAAAUAUUAGUGUAAAAUUUUGGUAAAGCAGGUACCUAUUACCUAAAGGUAUCGUUUCAAGGAUGGUAAAAGAACUCUUUUAUUUAUAAUCUGCAAAUCCAUUUUUGUGCGGCCUUGUCAGUUUUGUAAUUGGCUUAUGCCUUUAUGGUU